AUGGUACGAAAAAAAUGGUCGUCUUUUUACAUAAUACAUGAAGAUGAAAACAUUCUUGCUAUUAAAGGCACACUUAACAAUCGUAACUUAAUUUUUAUUGGUGUUUACCUUUCAUCUUGUCGUAAUAAUAACGAAUCAUACGCAAAAUACUCUUCUCAGUUACAAACAAUCACUUCAAUAAUGAACAACUAUGAGGAUGAAGGAGAAUGUAUUAUUUCCGGAGACUUUCAGUCAUUUCCAUAUAAAAUAUAUGAUUCAGAGCUUCGUAAAAACAAAACUAGGAACAAUUUCUCAAAACAUCUCACUAAUUUUAUUGAAUCAAAUCAGCUCGCUUUUGUCGAUAUAAUCAACGGUGCUGGGCCUACUUAUACCUAUCAACAUAAAACUCUUUCUAAUUCUUCUUACAUUGACCAUAUUGCAUCCUAUAAACAGACAGAACUAUGUUUUACAAACUGUCAAGUUAUGCAAUCUUCACCGCUUAACCUUAGUGAUCACCUUCCGGUGUCUACGAAUAUUAACUUUGAAGGUACCGGCUUAUCACACGAAAUAAAUAAUAUAAUGCAAAAAUAUAAUUCAAUACCAAAACAUGCAUGGAAUAACGAAAGGUUUAUUGACUUUUAUAAUCUCAAUCUAUCAAAAGCAUUUACUAGUUACGCAUUUAAGGAAGAUAAAAUAGAAGAAGAAAUUCAAAAAACAUGCUUAUAUAUAAAAAAUGCAGCUCUCUUGGCAGUUAAACAAUGUUUCGGACAAAAAGAAUUUUAUAAGUACUCGAAACCUUGGUGGACACCUGAGCUUAAAAAAAUUAAAGAUAAUCUCUCCUUUCACUUUAGACAAUGGCAAAAAUCAGGCUAUAAUAAGUCAACAGAAUGUAUAUCCUACAAAAGAUUUAUUUAUUCCCGAAAAAACUUUCGUAAAGCUAACAAAAACGAAAUCGUCGAAGAAUUUAGUCAUCAUUUCCAAAAACUACUUAAUACACCGCAAUAUACAAAUAACGAGUUCAAUCCUCUCCAAAUUCCACAUUUAAGUAAAGAGCCUAAUUCAAAAGUUAUCUCGACAGCUGAUAUUGAAAAAUGUAUUUUAAAGCUUAAAAAUAAUAAAUCUUACGAUUGCUAUGAAAUCAGUGCCGAACAUCUUAAAAACUCUCACAACAAGAAUCUUCUUAUUUUACUUUCGUCGUUUUAUAACAAUAUGUUAACAAAUGGAAAGGUUCCACACGGUUUAUCAACCGCCAAAAUUAUCCCAUUAGUCAAGUCUUAUAAAACAUCACUAGAAAAUCCAAAUAACUAUCGAGGAAUCAGCAUUAUACCAAUUUUUACAAAACUUCUCGAAUAUCUUAUCAUACACAUAUGUCCAGAUAUAACAGAAAGUCAUUCCCAUCAAUUCGGUUUUAAAGAAAACAGCUCUACCCUCCACGCAGAAUUUCUUCUGAGUGAAACAAUAAAGCACUAUAAUCAUAAUAACUCACCGCUAUAUAUAUGCAGUCUAGACGCCAACAAAGCUUUUGACAGUUGUAAUUGGGAAUUACUAUUCGAGAAACUCUAUUACCAGAAAAAAAUCCCAUUAUCUAUAGUUCAUACAAUAUUAUCACUAUAUCAAACAGGAACUUCUAAUAUAUCAUAUCUUGGAUGUACAUCAAACAAAUUUAGGCUGUCUCAGGGAGUGCGUCAAGGAUCCAUACUGUCGCCUCAUCUCUACAAUAUCUACACAGAGAACCUUCUAGAGAAAAUUGUUUCAGAAUCAAAAGUUGGAACUUCAAUAAAUGGUGUAUACACAGGUAUCAUUGCAUAUGCUGAUGAUAUAGUUUUACAAAGUUCCACUAUAUCUGGUCUUCAGAGCCUUAUUAACAUUGUUCAAAAGUAUGGACUAUCGAACUUUAUUAAACUGAAUACAGAAAAAACUGAAUUUCUAAUAUCUGGAAUAAGUUCGAUUUUAAUUAACGUUAUUUAUAUUAACGGUGAUCCUAUCAAGCCUCAAAACAAUCUAAAACAUCUUGGUCUUAUAAGAAAUGGACUUCGCUUUUGCCAGCCUGCUACCAUAGUUCAUUUAUUUAAUUCUUUAGCUGUUCCAACGUUGUUAUACGGAUUAGAACUGUGUGGAAGCAGCAAUAAGCUUCUAAAUAGCAUUGAUAUAGCUGGACGAUCUGUCUUAAAAUCCUUCUUUAAUAUUUCAAAGCAAAGUAGAAAUUAUAUACAUUCUUAUUUCAAAGUAGACGCUGUGUCAGACAUUCUUUUUCGCAACAAGUUAAAUCUAUUUAUCAGGCUUUUAAACAACCCCAUAUGUUACUCGAUUAUACGGACUCAGAUGCCUUUAAUGAAUCAACGAUCAUUUGUGGGUGAGGUAAUGAUAAUGUGUAAGAAAGCUGAUAUAAACAUGCUCCAAUUUAUGAUCGAGGGUAAGAAAAUUAUAAUUGCACGCCCUCAGGAAGCAUUGGAGGCCAAUGUUGCGGCGAUCUUAAAACAAUCGUUCCAACACUGGAAUUUAAAGGAACAAAGAGAAGUAUUUAGAACGCUGAUGGAGGAAAACAUUCCAAGAACGAUGCAAGAAAAUACUUAA